CUGAUAGCGAAAAGAUAAAGGUACCAUGACGCAGGAUCGACAAGGGUUGCGCAAGAAUAUCAGGCUACAUCAAAACAUGGUCAUCGACAUAUCCCUGAUGGGCAUUCAUUCUCGCGGCGUGCGAGUCAGCUCCACUUUCAGCCCUACGCAGCAUCAAGCGUGACGUCACAACUCCUCGUUCCUUAUGAUCUUUUUAAAUCCCCUGAUCGUCCACCAUCUGUUUGUUCUUCAUCGUCCAGACUCUGAAAUUUUGUUCACUUUCCUAUCCUCGAGACAAGCUCAAUUUCCAUCUCCCCAAGGAACCUCUAUCAACACACUACACAAACCGCCAUCAUGCCCGGAAAAGUCGGCUGCUGCGAAAUCAUCAUCGCCUUCUUCCUCCCCUUCGUGGGUGUUUUCAUGCGCACCGGAUGCAGCUGUGAUCUCCUCAUCAACAUCUGUCUGUGUAUCCUGGGUUGGGUACCAGGUGUCAUCCACGCCUACUACAUCCUGGCCAACAAAUAAACACCUCAAUUGACACCGACAUCUGUCUCCUGAUGUGUUGGUCGGCUCGGUGAAAUUCGCAACCCGGGCUAUCUUCCUUACGGGCGCUCUCGGCGUAUCGACGGGGCCAU